AUGGAUGUCAGAUCAAUAUUUCGUAAUACAGAAGAACUGUAUGGCGAGCAACCGCGACAAAUGAAGUACGCGACGUCUAGGAAUUUGUUCCAGAUAAAAAUGACUGUGGAAUCUUCUGUUGGGGACCAUGUCCUCAAAAUGAUCACCUAUGUCAACGAGCUUGAACUUUUGAACGCGGGUCCAGAUGCAUAUAGAUAUACGGACAUCAUUCUGCAGUCCUUGACACCAGCCUACUCCCGAUUCAUAUCACAGUUCUUGAUGAUGGAUCUGAAGCCCACUCUUCCUGCCCUGCUUAAUUUGUUAAGGCAAGAGGAAAGUUCUAUGAAAAAAGGACAAACACCAGCCUUGGUUAUAGGAAAAUCUUCUUCCACUUCUAGCAAACUAGUUGCUAAGAAAAAGAGAAUGAAGAAAACUACUAAACCAAAGAAAUGUGUUAAGAAGGCUGUCAAGAAGGACAAAGGGAAGGGGAUGAGAAGUUAUAGAAAGCUUGAUGCUGAAGAGAUGACCCUACAAGAUGGUAAUGGUGCAAUAGUUGUAGCAGUUACGGAGCUGAAUUAUGUCCGCCAGAGGUAUAAUACUGGAAGCUAUAAAAACUCUGGUCCUAGUAAAUCACAACUACAAGGACCAAAGUCACAGCAGUUCAAGAGAAAGAAAGUAUCCCGCGGAGCCUGCUAUAAUUAUGGAAAGUUCGGGCAUUUCAAGUCCAAUUACCCACAAGGUGAAAAGCAGGAGAAUAAGGGAGGCUAUAAGCAUUCAGAACAAGGGGGUACUAGCAAAAGAGAAUUUUUCGGUAUGACGAAAUGCAAUGCUAUGAUGACAGAUAUCAGCGGUUGGUGGAUCGACUCCGAUAUGACUAGGCAUAUCGCAAAGGACAAGAAUGGAGUCGUAGAAUUCACCAAGCUAAAGAAAGGAGAACAUAUAAUCUAUAUGGGAAAUAAUACCUAUCUAGAUGUAGAAGGUAUUGGUUCAUAUAGAUUGGAUCUUGGGGACAACAUUCUUGUGCUCAAAUAUGUGUUCUAUGUGCCAGGAAUUUGGUGCAAUCUGAUUUCUGUUCCCAGCUUGAUAAAGAAAUGA